AUGACGACCGACAUCUCGGUGGUGCGCGGGGGUUGGGACCCCACGCUACAACAAGAGAUUGUCGAUGAGUACGAAUACGACGGAGGAAACUCGAGUUCGAGACUUUUCGAACGUUCACGGAUCAAAGCUUUGGCUGGUGAACGUGAAUUGGUACAAAAGAAGACUUUCCAAAAAUGGGUGAAUUCCCAUUUGGUUCGGUGUUCCUGCCGAAUCGGCGAUCUGUAUGUCGACCUUCGAGACGGGAAGAUGCUUAUCAAGCUUCUCGAAAUUCUCUCCGGAGAACGUUUACCACGACCUACAAAAGGGAAAAUGCGAAUUCAUUGCCUGGAGAACGUCGAUAAAGCGCUGCAAUUCCUUCGCGAGCAACGGGUGCACCUGGAGAACAUGGGAUCGCACGACAUUGUCGAUGGGAAUCCUCGUUUGAGCCUCGGCCUCAUCUGGACCAUCAUCUUGCGGUUCCAAAUUCAAGACAUCACUAUCGAGGAAACCGACAAUCAAGAAACGAAAUCAGCGAAAGACGCUUUGCUCCUUUGGUGUCAAAUGAAAACCGCUGGCUAUCACAACGUGAACGUGCGAAAUUUCACCACAUCUUGGCGCGAUGGAUUGGCCUUUAACGCCAUCAUCCACAAACACCGUCCAGACUUGAUACAGUUCGAGAAACUCUCCAAGUCUAAUGCUAUUUACAAUUUAAAUAAUGCAUUUAACGUAGCAGAGGACAAGCUUGGUCUCACGAAACUUCUAGACGCUGAGGAUAUAUUCGUCGAUCAUCCUGAUGAGAAAUCAAUCAUUACCUACGUAGUUACGUAUUACCAUUACUUCUCCAAGAUGAAGCAGGAGACUGUGCAAGGUAAAAGAAUAGGCAAAGUAGUUGGCAUUGCCAUGGAGAACGACCGUAUGAUUCACGAGUACGAAAGCCUGACUAGCGACUUAUUGAGAUGGAUAGAAGGCACCAUAAAAGCUUUGGGUGAUCGUCGGUUUGCUAACUCGUUGGUAGGUGUCCAAUCUCAGCUCUCCCAAUUCUCUAACUAUCGUACGGUAGAGAAACCUCCGAAGUUCGUCGAGAAGGGCAAUUUGGAGGUGUUGUUGUUCACUUUGCAAUCGAAGAUGCGAGCCAAUAAUCAAAAACCGUACACGCCGAAGGAGGGUAAAAUGAUCUCGGAUAUUAACAAGGCGUGGGAGAGGUUGGAAAAAGCGGAGCACGAGCGUGAAUUGGCUCUCCGUGAAGAAUUGAUUCGCCAGGAGAAACUGGAGCAGCUGGCAGCGCGAUUCAAUCGAAAGGCGAGCAUGAGGGAAACCUGGUUGUCCGAGAAUCAACGUUUGGUUUCUCAGGACAAUUUCGGUUUCGAUUUAGCCGCCGUGGAAGCCGCAGCUAAGAAACACGAGGCCAUCGAGACGGAUAUUUUUGCCUACGAAGAACGAGUCCAAGCUGUCAUGGCUGUUUCACAGGAAUUGGAAGCUGAGAACUAUCACGAUAUCGAACGUAUUAAUGCUCGCAAGGACAACGUUCUUAGAUUGUGGAAUUAUCUGUUAGAAUUACUUCGCGCUAGAAGGAUGAGAUUAGAGCUGUCUUUGCAACUUCAACAGAACUUCCAGGAGAUGCUGUACAUCUUGGACAGUAUGGAGGAAAUAAAAAUGCGCCUGUUGACCGAUGAUUACGGGAAACACUUGAUGGGCGUUGAGGAUUUGUUGCAGAAGCAUUCUUUGGUAGAAGCUGAUAUCAACGUCUUGGGUGAAAGAGUCAAAGCUGUCGUUCAGCAGAGCCAGAGAUUUCUGGAACACGGAGAAGGUUAUCGACCAUGUGAUCCAACUACCAUCGUUGAACGCGUACAACAGCUCGAGGAUGCUUAUGCCGAAUUGGUACGAUUGGCUGUUGAACGUAGAGCCAGACUGGAGGAGUCGCGUAAACUGUGGCAGUUCUACUGGGACAUGGCCGACGAGGAGAAUUGGAUAAAGGAGAAGGAACAGAUUGUAUCGACUGGAGACAUUGGUCACGAUUUGACAACUAUAAACUUGCUGUUGUCCAAACAUAAAGCAUUGGAGAACGAGAUCCAGUCUCACGAACCGCAGCUGAUGUCUGUCGCUGCUGUCGGAGAUGAAUUAGUUCGUCAGAAACACUUUGGUUCCGAUAGGAUUCAAGAGAGACUGCAAGAAAUCCUGGGAAUGUGGAAUCAUCUCUUGGAUCUGGCUGCUUUUAGAAGGAAGCGUUUGGAAGAGGCUGUGGACUACCAUCAACUGUUUGCCGACGCCGAUGAUAUUGAUAUCUGGAUGCUGGAUACUUUGCGACUCGUCUCGUCGGAAGACGUUGGCAGAGACGAAGCCAAUGUCCAAUCGUUGCUGAAGAAACAUAAAGAUGUGACGGACGAGCUUAAAAAUUAUGCUGCUACUAUCGACCAGCUUCAUCAACAGGCAUCCUCUCUUGGUGAACAGGACGCCAAAUCGCCAGAAGUAUUGGAGAGAUUAGCAUCCAUAGAUUCCAGAUACAAGGAACUUAUGGAACUUGCAAAGCUUCGCAAACAGAGAUUGCUAGACGCAUUAUCGUUGUACAAGUUGUUCAGUGAAUCAGACGGAGUAGAGCAAUGGAUUGGUGAGAAGAACAGGAUGUUGGAGACUAUGGUACCAGCCAAGGAUAUUGAAGACGUCGAGAUCAUGAAGCAUAGAUACAACGGCUUCGAGAAAGAGAUGUAUGCCAACGCUUCGCGAGUUGCUGUGGUCAAUCAGCUCGCCAGACAACUGUUACACGUCGAACAUCCUAAUUCCGAGCAGAUUGUGGCACGCCAGAACGAAUUGAACCAGAAAUGGGCUGAGCUGCGUGAAAAAGCAGAGAACAAGCGCGAGGAAUUGAACUCUGCUCAUGGUGUGCAGACCUUCCACAUCGAAUGUCGCGAGACAGUGUCCUGGAUCGAGGACAAGAAACGUAUCCUUCAACAGACGGACAGUUUAGAGAUGGAUCUGACGGGAGUCAUGACUUUGCAGCGUCGAUUGAGUGGAAUGGAACGCGAUUUGGCAGCCAUUCAGGCGAAAUUGGACGCUCUGGAGAUGGAGGCUCAGAAUAUCCAACAACAGAACCUGGAAGAUCCUGAGGUGAUCAAAGGAAGAAUCGAUCAAAUUCACACCAUUUGGGAGCAAUUGACGCAGAUGUUGAAGGAGCGUGACGCAAAAUUGGAAGAGGCAGGUGAUCUUCACAGAUUCCUCAGAGAUUUGGAUCACUUCCAAGCUUGGUUGACCAAAACGCAAACUGACGUGGCCAGCGAAGAUACUCCAACCACUUUGGCCGAUGCUGAGAAACUCCUGACACAACACCAAAAUAUUAAGGAAGAAAUUGAUAAUUAUACCGAUGACUACCAGAAGAUGAUGGAGUAUGGUGAAAGAUUAACCAGUGAAGCUGGUGAUGGUGAUACGCAAUACAUGUUCCUCAGGGAGAGACUGAACGCCUUGAAGAUGGGCUGGGAGGAGUUACACCAAAUGUGGGUUAACAGGAAGAUUUUACUGUCCAAUUCUCUUAAUCUGCAGAUUUUCGAUCGCGACGCUCGCCAGGCAGAAGUGCUUUUGUCCCAGCAAGAGCACAUUCUGGCCAAGGAUGAAACACCAGCGAAUUUCGAGCAGGCGGAGCACAUGAUCAAGCGACACGAGGCGUUUAUGACCACGAUGGACGCGAACGACGAGAAGAUCAACUCCGUGGUACAGUUUGCCGGACGACUUGUCGACGAGGGUCACUUCGCGGCAGACAAAGUCAAGAAGAAGGCAGAGAGCAUCAACGAGCGUCGUCGUGUAAACCGAGAGAAGGCGAACCAAUAUAUGGAGAAGCUCAAGGAUCAGUUGCAGUUGCAGAUGUUCUUACAAGACUGCGAGGAGCUGGGCGAAUGGGUUCAGGAGAAACAUAUCACCGCUCAAGAUGAGACUUACAGAAGCGCCAAGACAGUGCACAGCAAGUGGACAAGACAUCAGGCGUUUGAAGCUGAAAUCGCAAGUAACAAGGAUCGUUUGCAGCAAUUGCAACAGGCUGCUGAAGAAUUGAUUCAACAGAAGCCGGAUCUGGCUGAGAUCAUUAAGCCUAAAGUGGCAGAAUUGGCUGACCAAUUCGAGGAACUUGAAACCACCACUCACGACAAAGGUGAACGCCUGUUCGACGCGAAUCGUGAAGUCCUUAUUCAUCAGACUUGCGACGAUAUUGAUUCUUGGAUGAACGAACUGGAGAAACAGAUUGAAAGCACGGAUACUGGUUCUGAUCUGGCGUCAGUGAACAUCUUGAUGCAGAAACAACAGAUGAUUGAAACACAGAUGGCCGUGAAAGCGAGACAGGUUACGGAGUUGGACAAACAGGCUGAACACUUGCAGCGUACGGUGCCCGAAGACAAGAUGGAAGAGAUCAAGUGCAAAAAGGAGAAGGUUGCACAGAGAUUCGCUCAACUCAAAGCACCAUUGAUCGAUCGUCAACGUCAGUUAGAGAAAAAGAAAGAAGCCUUCCAAUUCAGGCGCGACGUCGAGGAUGAGAAACUCUGGAUCGCCGAGAAGAUGCCUCAGGCUACCAGUACGGAGUAUGGAAAUUCGUUAUUCAAUGUGCACAUGCUAAAGAAGAAGAACCAGUCUUUGCGUACUGAAAUCGAUAACCAUGAGCCCAGGAUCAAUUUGGUCUGCAACAACGGUCAGAAACUUAUAAACGAGGGUCAUGAGGACAGUUCUGAAUUCCAGAAACUGAUAUCUGAAUUAACGGAGAAAUGGAAGGAGCUGAAGCAUGCUGUGGAUGAUAGGAACAAGCAUCUCUUGCAAAACGAGAAAGCGCAGCAGUACUUCUUUGACGCGACAGAAGCGGAAUCUUGGAUGAGUGAACAGGAACUGUACAUGAUGGUAGAAGAUCGUGGCAAGGACGAAAUUUCUGCCCAGAACUUGAUGAAGAAGCACGAGUCUUUGGAACAUGCUGUGGAAGAUUACGCAGAGACUAUUCGCCAGCUUGGAGAAACCGCCAGGCAACUUAUUAACGACCAACAUCCUCUUGCUGACCAGAUUGCCGUUAAACAAUCACAAGUGGAUAAAUUGUACGCUGGUCUGAAAGAUCUUGCUGGUGAACGUCGAGCUAAAUUAGACGAAGCUCUUCAGUUGUUUAUGCUAAACAGAGAAGUGGAUGAUCUCGAGCAGUGGAUCGCAGAGAGAGAACUGGUAGCUGGAAGUCACGAAUUAGGUCAGGAUUAUGAUCACGUGACGCUUCUUUGGGAGAGAUUCAAAGAGUUUGCUCGCGACACCGAGGCGAUAGGCUCAGAGAGAGUGGCCGCAGUGAACGAAAUUGCAGAUUCUUUAAUAGCAACUGGUCAUUCUGAUGCUGCUACGAUCGCAGAAUGGAAAGAUGGUUUGAACGAAGUGUGGCAAGAUCUAUUAGAAUUAAUCGAAACUCGUACGCAGAUGCUACAAGCUAGCCGAGAAUUGCACAAGUUCUUCCACGAUUGCAAAGACGUGCUUGGAAGAAUCUUGGAGAAACAGAACGCCAUGUCUGACGAAUUAGGCCGUGACGCUGGCUCGGUUUCAGCUCUCCAACGGAAACACGGCAACUUCAUGCAAGAUUUGUCUACGUUGCAGAGUCAAGUGUCGCAGAUACAAGAGGAAUCUGCUAAGUUACAGGCCAGCUACGCUGGAGACAAAGCUAAAGAGAUUACUAAUCGUGAAGGAGAGGUAGUUGCUGCUUGGAAUAACCUUCAGUCGCUUUGUGAUGCUAGAAGAACUAAAUUGGAGGAUACCGGCGACCUGUUCCGAUUCUUCAACAUGGUUAGGACUCUCAUGAUUUGGAUGGAUGAUGUAGUUCGCCAAAUGAACACUUCAGAGAAACCUCGCGACGUUGCUGGAGUGGAAUUGCUAAUGAACAACCAUCAGAGUUUGAAAGCGGAAAUAGAUGCCAGGGAGGACAAUCUGAUGGCGUGCAUCAACCUGGGAAAAGAUUUGUUAGCUAGAAAUCAUUAUGCUAGCAGCCAGAUCAAGGAGAAAUUGGUAGCUUUAACUAGUUACAGAAACGCGUUGCUUCAUAGAUGGGAGGAACGUUGGGAGAAUCUACAACUCACACACGAUCGACGAAGUGGAGAACUUGAUUAAGAAACACGAAGCAUUUGAAAAAUCGGCAGCUGCUCAGGAAGAAAGGUUCAGUGCCUUGCAUCGACUCACUACGUUUGAGUUGAAGGAAAUGAAGAGGAGAGAACAGGAACGAGAAGAAGAGGAGAGACGCAAAAAGGAAGAGGCCGCGGCAGCCGAGGCAGCUCGAUUAGCUAAAGCAACACCAGUAACUAGUCCAGACGAACCACCGAGCGAAAGCUCCGAAAGGUGGAAGCGGUUCCGAGUCUGGUACUAUAAGACGUAAGGAACGUAGUCGCAGCAAAUCGCCGUUCAGGAGCUUCCGCUGGAGGAAGUCCGCCAAGUCGCCGAGUUUAGAUCGAAGUGGCGUGAGUGAUGAUGAGCGCAGCAUUUCCGAACAACGAAGUCCCACCGACGAUGAAUUUGAGGGCGUGUUGCAACGAAAGCACGAAUGGGAGAGCACAACGAAGAAGGCGUCGAAUCGAUCCUGGCACAAGGUGUACAUGGUCGUUCGUGGACAGAGCUUGUUUGUAUAUACGGACCAAAAAUCAUACAAGGCAGCGCCCGAUCAACCGUACAAGGGAGAGUCUCCUUUAGACCUUAGAGGAGCGACUAUUACCGUGGCGAGCGAUUAUACUAAGAAGAAACAUGUCUUCCGAGUAAAGUCACAGAGCGGAUCAGACUUCCUAUUCCAGGCUAAAGACGAUGCUGAAAUGAAUGAGUGGGUUACUGUGUUGAACCAAGCGGCACAGGGUACAUCAGGUGCGGGCACGUCCAGAGCGCAUACUUUACCCGCGCCUACACAAGCCGAGACCAAGCGGCGUAGUUUCUUCACUCUCAAGAAAAAUCUGAGCAAGAUGGCCGGCCGGAUGACUUCGGCUCUUUAUUAUUCCGCGAUUAUUUUACAUCUAAUACUGUUAACAAGUUUUAAUAAUGGGCAGAGAUUCGGUUUAAAAGCGAAAACACUUCAUAUCGCAGAGGAUUAUGAAUCUUACAGUUAUAGAAAACCUCUUGUCAUAAAUCGAGAUGAUCAUUCAGAUGUGAGAGAAGCAUCAGCUAGUCGAACGCGCAGGGAUGUUCCGCUAUUUCCAAAUAACAACCCAAACAUUACAACGAAGGUCAAUGCUUUAAAUGAUUCUCAUCAACAGCUGAUAGUUCACUGGGUGGGAGAAAAGUCCAAUGUGAUAAUAUGUUUGGCAAGGGAUAGUACAUCAGUGAUGAGGGGCAGAGUCCCUCUAUCUACUAAUCCUAGUGCUGUGUACAUAAGUUAUGAUUAUGGUGAUACGUUUGUUAAUAUAACUGAAAAAUUUCGAAUUGGAGAUGAUCAAUAUGCUACUCUGGACAAGUUCACUAAUCAUCCAAAAUAUAAUAGAUUCUGUAUCUUCGUGGAUAGUACAAACAAGUUACUUUUCAUCACACCAGAUAAUGGAAAAAUGAUAAAUAGAGUGCGAGUAUGGUUUCAUCCUAGCGAAAUAUCAUUUUACGAAAUGGAUGUUGAUAUUGUCCUUGCUUUGGACAAAGUCAAUUCUGUACCCAAUCUGUGGUUGUCAACGAAUACGGGUUUCACAUGGACAAUGCUGCGUCCGUCUGUAAAAGCAUUUUUUUGGUCAUCUUCAGCUGCUUUGAUAAUUGAACGUGCGCAUUCUGAUGGAAGAAACACCGUUUAUCAAAUUGAUUUGCAGAAUAAUUUAUUGAAAGACUCAGUGGCACGCUCGGAACCAUUGACAAAUGGUACGGAACAUCUGGAUCUUUACGUGUCUUACAAAAAUUUUAGUUUUGUCAAGGCAGAAUUUAAUACGGCUUUGCCAAUUAAGGAUUAUUAUGUCGUCGAUGUUUCACACAAUAGAGUUUUCGUUACGGCUUCUCACAGUGAGACGCAAGUAAAUCUUUACGUAUCAGAGAUUAUAGAUCAGAAAAUGGCUACGUUUACGUUAUCUCUCGAGGGAAUCUUCACAUUUUUCCCGAACAGUACUUGGAAAGACAGUUGGUUAAAUGACGUGGCAGACGAAGCAUUUGCUGACUUGUACAAAGUCGAAGGCCUUCGCGGCAUUUAUAUAGCAUCACAAGUAAAAGGAACACCGAAAUCAGGAUCUAUUGGACCCGAACAUUUAGUUUCCUUGAUAACGUUCGAUCAUGGCGCGACCUGGAAUAAUAUAAAACCACCUACUGCUAAUCAUGAAGGUUUCUACAUUCAUUGUACUAAAGAUUGUUCGUUGCAUUUAAGUCAGCGUCUCAGUCAGCUGUAUCCUGUGACAAGAUCGGUAUCUAUUAUGAGUUCGAAAUCUGCUCCUGGUAUUAUAAUGGCCACCGGAGUGAUAGGACCGAAUCUUAAAGGUCAUCCUGCUCUGUAUGUGUCGCGAGAUGCUGGCCUUACUUGGAAACAGGUCCUCAAGGAUUACUACUUCUUUAAUAUGGGAGAUCAUGGUGGUAUUUUGGUAGCGGUUAAGUACUUCAAGUCACGCGGAGAAACCAGAGAUAUUUCAUAUUCUAUCGAUGAAGGGGAGACUUGGCAGUCGUACGAAUUUAAUGAGAAAAUGUUACGAGUAUAUGGACUGAUGACAGAACCGGGAGAAAAUACUACAGUUUUCACGAUGUUCGGUUCAGCUAGCGGCCAGCACCAAUGGUUAAUAAUUAAGGUUGAUCUGAGGAAUGUGUUCGAAAGAGAUUGUACCAAGGAUGAUUUUAAAUUUUGGUCACCAACAAGCGUUGAUCAACCAAUGGUGGCUUGUGUGUUAGGUCGAAAGGAGACUUAUCAAAGAAGAGCAGCGAAAGCGAAUUGUUACACAGGGAUAGAUUAUGAUCGGCCAAUAAGAACGGAAAUAUGCGAAUGCGAUUUUAAGGACUAUCAAUGCGAUUUUGGUUUUGUACGGGAUCAAAAUCACUGUAUCAGAGACAAAUCCAUGGCUUUCUAUGACCCUUAUGUUAUACCGACUACUUGCGAACCUGGUGCAUUUUAUAAUCGAACGAAGGGUUAUAUCAAGAUAAGCGAUGACGAAUGUGUAGGUGGUCUAGCGAGAAAUUUCGAACCAGAUGAAAUUCCAUGUCCUAUAGAGGAAAAACCCGGAUUCUUAUUGGUGGCUCAACGUGAGCACAUUUCGCGGAUUGAUUUAGUGGAUGAGAAAUUGGUAACACUACCUAUCCACGACUUAAAGAAUGUUAUAGCAAUUGAGUUCGACAUGAGGAACAAUUGUCUGUACUGGGCGGAUAUUGUUAACGACACUAUAGGUAGACAAUGUUUCAAAGAUGGAACGAGUUAUCCCGAAAUUCUUGUGGAAACCGACUUGAGUUCUAUAGAAGGAAUGGCGCUUGAUUGGGUCUCUAAUCUAUUGUAUGUCGUUGAUGGCGUUAAAAUGAGGAUACAGGUGAUUAGAACAGACGUGUCUAACAUGGGAAGGAUGCGAAGGACUAUCCUAGGGCCCAACAAUCUACAAAAACCUAGAGGAAUAGCGGUUCAUCCAAUGAACGGAUAUAUGUUUUGGACUGAUUGGGCUCCAGGAAAUGCUUCGGUGUCAAGAGCCAAUCUUGAUGGAACUGAAGUGAAGAGACUGUUUGUAGAGCCAACCGUCGAAUGGCCAAAUGGAAUAACUAUCGAUCACAUAGCGGAACGUAUUUACUGGGUGGACGCCAGGCAAGAUUACAUUGGGUCUAGUGACUUUGAUGGAAAGAAAUUCAAGACAGUGAUCUCCAGAAGUGACAAAGUGUCACAUCCUUUUGCUAUAGCAGUAUUCAAGGACAACAUGUAUUGGGACGAUUGGAAACAGUCUAUGAUAUUUGUUGCAGAUAAGGAUCAUGGUUUUGGCAUUACCACCAUUAUAGGUCACUUACCUGGUCUGAUGGACCUUAAGGUAUUUGCGCAUAGUAGUCAGCAUGGUACCAACGCUUGCGCCAAUAGUACUUGUUCACACAUUUGUGUGGGAGCGCCUCGUGGCGGACAUGUUUGCCUCUGUCCUGACGGAAUGGAAAUGAUCGACGGCAAGUGCAUGUGUCCAGGGGGAAUCGCCCCAUUUUCCAAUUCUACGUGCCCCAGAGUUGCCAGCACGUGUGCUCCAAAUCAAUUUGCUUGUGCUAAUGAUGUAUGUAUCCCAGCAUCAUGGCGAUGCGAUCGAGACAAUGACUGUGGCGAUAAUUCAGACGAAAUCGGUUGCACACCACACACAACAUGUACGCCAAAUUUCGAGUGCGAUGAUAACAGAUGUAUCUCGAAGCAUUGGGUGUGCGAUUUCGAUCAUGACUGUAGCGACGGCAAGGAUGAGAUGAACUGCAAGUAUCCGCAAUGUACAGAGUCGCAGUUCAGGUGCGACAAUGGUAGGUGCAUCUCCCAUAGGUGGCGUUGCGACGACGAGAACGAUUGUCGGGACGGUUCCGAUGAGAAAGAUUGUGCCAAGAAAGUAUUCCCUGGCACUUGUAGGUCCGACGAGUUCUCUUGCAAGGCAGAUAGAACUUGUAUACCGGCUAGUUGGAAAUGCGAUGGGGAACCAGACUGCGAGGACAGCUUGGACGAGAAUGACUGUAGCGAUAUGGCAUGCGAAAGCUGGCAGUUCACGUGCAAUUUGUCGCACAGUAAAUAUCGUUGCAUAUACAAUUCGUGGGUUUGCGAUGGGGACAAAGAUUGCGCCGAUGGAUCCGACGAAGCCAACUGUACUGCUACCGUACGCCCACCAUCAUUGGCACCGAUUUUGCCGAAUAGCCCUUGCAAUAAUUGGAUGUUCAUGUGCAACAACAAGAAGUGUGUGCCGUACUGGUGGAAAUGUGACAGCGUGGACGACUGCGGAGACGAUUCAGACGAAAUGGGCUGUGGUAAUGAGGAAGUUGAGGAGUGGACCGUGGUGUAUCCGACAGAGCAAGCCAAGGUUUGUCGGGAACACCAGUUCCAGUGUUUGAACGGCGAAUGUAUACAGGAUUCGUGGGUCUGCGAUGGUUCCAAUGAUUGUACUUCCGGCGAGGAUGAGGCGCACUGUGCAGACAGUGAUCAAACCUCCUGCAGAGAAGAUCAGUUCACAUGUCGUAUGGACGGCGCAUGUAUUCCUAUAAGAAGUGUUUGUAACGGAGUGGAGGAAUGUCCAGACGGUAGCGACGAGUUGGGUUGCUCUGACGAGCAACAUUCUAGCCCGGCAGCGACACCAUCCUGUUUCUUUGGUUUGUUCCCCUGCGACGAGACACGGUGCUUCCCUUUGGCUGCAUACUGCGAUGGCAAACAAGAUUGCGUGGACGGUUUCGAUGAGAGCAACUGCGAAAAAAAUAGUUCACGCGUUUAUCAGGUACUUGUAAUGGGGGUGGACGAACGGUCGGUCAACGCUACCAGUUUGUUUCUGUACUGGUGGAUGCCUGUGCCCACCAACGUCACUUUCGAGUUUCUACCUUCGAUAGCGUACGCCGUACCUGGAGCGAACUGGACUAACGCCAGCAAAUGGAUCGACGAUAUGGAGUAUCAGUUUAAUAAUCUGAAACCGUAUACUCGUUAUAAUAUGACAGUUCACGUUAGAAUAAAGGGGCAAACUACGGUGUUCCCACCAGCCAAGUAUUUGGUUGUUACAACGGGCGAAGGUGUCCCUUCAGAGCCUUGGAAUGUGACCGUGACUCAAAGAAAUGGAACGAGCGUGGAAGUCACCUGGAACCCACCUAUUCAUCCGAACGGACCUAUCACUGGUUACGAAGGAUUCGUAGCACCACCAAUACCACCUGUACGAUUCUUCAGGCAAAAAAAUUCCGCAAUAUUAGAUAUGCCAUUUCAGGCAGGAAAGAAUUAUUCAUUUUGGGUAAUAGCAAAAAGCAAGGAACGAGAGUCUGCCUCGUCCAAUGUAGCUACUUUAAUCUUUGAUGGAUCCACUAAUAUAGACAAUAUCGAGGACCUCAAAGUGGAAGCACUCACCAAUCAUUCGGUAACUUUGUCAUGGAAGAAGAUGAAGAAUGUUUGUUAUGUCAUUACUCCGAGAGGUCCAGCGAAGUAUCCUGGCCUACCACAGAUUGUUGUGGAAGAGAAUCGCGCGGAGAUACAGAGAUUGGCUCCAGGAACCAUGUAUACUUUCGAGAUCGGUGCCAAAAGGAAGAACUACGUUGGAAAGACUAAGACUAUUAGUGCAACCACGGAGGGAACGCCUCUGCCGACUGUCACAAAAUUAGUCGCCCAGUUAGUGAAACCGCAUGGAACUUCGGUAAAACUUACUUGGGAUCCGCCUAAAAGCACCAGGAAAAUUAAGUGGCAGUAUGGAAUUCAUUAUGCAGUGAAUAUGGUGGAAUUUUUUGAAUCGUAUAAACUUCUAACGACGAACUUGUCAGCGACUAUCAAAGAUUUGGAAGCUUGUGAGUCUUAUGUAUUCGCAGUAGGCGUGAAUGGAGAUUAUGGUGCUGGGCCAUUAAGUCAACCAGUUUCUGUCUUCACACAUUUCAAUCAACGGGCUCCUCCAAAGAAGCUAAAAGUCACCCCAACAGAGAAAUUGGAUACUAUAACUAUUUCUUGGAGUGCCAGCUGUCCUAACAUCGACGAACCAAUUAGAUACACGAUCGCCGUAACAGAAUCGACACUCAAAAAACAUUUCGUAGUGACUUUGCCAUCAACAAACGAAUCUGUUAUGAAACACACGUUCAAUUCAAUUAAAUAUGGUGGCAAGUAUCGAAUAACAAUAUCUACAGAUGUUGAGGAUGCCAUAGCAAGUCAACCGGUUCUAUAUAUGGCACCAGACAUUCCGCCUCCUCAUCAGGUGAAGGUCUUACACGAGGAACAAGGUUUCUUUGUUUACUGGGAAGAACAUGAUCUACCAGAUAUGAAAGACGAAAAGUAUCAUUACGAAAUUUUGGUGGUGGAGGGAUCGCAUAUGAUGAACGAGUCAACUGCGAAGAUUUAUAAGAUCGAUCAGCCACCGUACAUAUACAAAGAUGUGAAGCCAGAUGUUAUGUACACGUUUGCCGUUCGUUUAGUUACAGAAGAAGGCUACCAAAGUUCUUUGAGCGAAGUUUUUAGCACCAGAUAUAGCGCAAAAGUAUCAUCGUUACCAGUGACUAUAAAUACGUCCAACAUUCUUUCGUUUGCGAUACCAAUCUGUUUGUUGAUCGUCGCUUUAGGAUCUACAUUGGCAUAUUUUGUUGUUAGACACAGAAGAUUAACCAAUAGUUUUACACAAUUUGCUAACAGUCACUAUGAUACUAGACGUGGACAAGCAACUUUCCCGGGUACUACAGACGGCUUAGAGGAAGAAGAUAGUCCAGUGAUUCGAGGUUUUUCCGAUGAUGAGCCACUAGUAAUAGCAUAAAUUCACGAAAGGUAUCGCACAUAAUAACAUGAUACAUUCACAUACUACGAGGUAUGAUCAGAAAAAUAAGUACAUCACAUUUUCUAUAUAUAUAGAAUACAUAUGUAUAUUAUAUAUAAUAUAUGUCA